UAUUUUGAACCUUUGAAGAGUGUUCUCUGUCUGUGUCUGUCUCUGCUCUCACUGCAGAUUAUGGAGAGAUUGGUUGAUUGAUUAUCAGAGAGUAACUUUACCAACGCUACCUCUGCUAGCUUCUCUCUGGGGUGAGGAGACAGAGAACACAGGGAGAGGAGAGGACAGGCGAGAAAGAGAAGAGGUGAGGACUGACUGAGGAGAGUGGGAGGACCAGGCCUCUGAGUGGACUGAUACAGGAAGAGCGGUAGAGAGGGAGGGUGUUGACUCCCUGUUGCCCCGCUGUUGGGAUAGUUACAAUGGCAUCGCCUCCAUUGAUGUACCACGGGGCAAUCAGUAAACUGGACUGUGAGGAUCUGCUGGGGAAGAAGGGGAAGGAUGGAGCCUACCUCAUCAGAGACAGCGAAACAAUCCAAGGAGCCAUGUGUCUGUGUGUCUAUAAAAAGAAGGUGGUGUAUACCUACAGAAUCCUCCAGACCCACAAUGGAAGCUACACCCUGCAGACAGCGUCUGGUGUAGAGGAGAAAUUCUUUAAAACGUUAGAGGAGCUGGUCCGCCAUUAUAAGCGUCGGAGGCAGGGAUUGGCUCAGCAUCUGCGCCACUCAGUCAAGCGGAAGACACUGCUACAACUUCCCGCCCCCAAUGUCAUCGACGAGGUGCCUGAUUAUGAAAAUGUGGAUGCAUCAGACUACGUUGUUGUCCUGCCCUCUUGAUUCAGCAGCACACCCCGGACCUACAUCAUCUAUGAGCCUGUAAAUAUCUAGGUGUGGUGCCUGCAGGCAGGUUUUUAAUUUUUUAAAAUCCUGAUGCCAGGGGCAUGGAUGGAGGGUUUUGCUCGAAAUGCCAGAUGAGCUGGUCAAAUGUUAGCCCAUAGGGCCUGUCUAAUUCAUUUUGUUUUAAGCUAAAUGAUCAUUAUCUGGCUAAUAUUGUAAUUGGGGCCUCUAAGGAAAAAAAUGGGCUGGUGUGUUAGAAAUGCCAGGGCUGAUUUUUGGUCUCAGUCCGCCCCUUCCUUAUGCAAUGUGUUGUGUGCUGUUCUGUGUGCUAGGAAUACUGAGAUUGUCAGAGAAAAUAGUGUUUGUCUGGUUGUUGAAGUGGAAGUUAAAAUCAAAUUUUAUUUGUCACAUGCACGGAAUACAACGUGUGUAGACGUACUGUGAAAUGCUUGCUUACGAGCCCUUCCCUACUAUGCUGAGUCAAAAUAUAUAUACAGUGCCUUGCGAAAGUAUUCGGCCCCCUUGAACUUUGCGACCUUUUGCCACAUUUCAG